AUGGCUGGCCGUGUGCUGUUGGUGUGCGCCCUCUGCGUGCUGUGCUGCGCCGCCGGCGGUGCCGGUGCGUGGGGCAGCGGCUACUGCACGGAGAGUGACUGGAAGGACUUGCGGGUCGUCGCGGAGGACAUGACGGAGGCGGAGGUUGAGGGAAAGCACUGCAGCCACAAGCCGGAGCCUCUGGGAGGGAUGCGGGCGAGUGUGCAGAAAGACGAAGGCGAAGGAGAAGAGGAGGAGACGAACGCGAGAGAUGGGAACGGGGCGAGCGGUGAGGAAGAUACGGAUGUAAAUGAAGGUGAUCUUUUGACAGACGACGGCAAGAACGGGAAAGCAACGGAUGAAGGGCCUCCUGCGAAGGGAUCGGGAGGGACAAGCCACACCCCGCCGCUGGGCAAUCGAAAGACGCAAUAUGGUGGAGUGGGGCAAACGCAUUCACCACCAUAUUCAGAAACGCCGCCACCGCCAAAGCCAACAGCCAACGGCAGGGGAGAAAGGGAGGGAAAAGACGGUCCGCCAGGUGACGCGGAUAGCACCAGGGAUCAAUCAGAGCACGGUCCUGCAGAAUUGGCGGAACCGGAACGCACGAAGAGAGCAGAAAUACCACCGCGGCGAGGAAGCUUGCCUUCAUCACCAGAAGAAGAACAGCCACCACUGCCGAGCCGACCAGAAGAAGGGCGCGGAUCCUCGACUGAUGUCAGUCAAGGAGAAACCAAUGCAGGGAAGGAGGGGCACUUGGCAGACGACAACGGUUCCGCAACGCAGCGCCCAUCGCACGUGCCGGAAAAGGGCCGCAUGAGAAACAGGCAGCGGAAGGAGACCCAGAGCAGAGACACCAAGGCAACCCUUUACACCCACAACCGCACACGGAGGGCACUCAAAAUAAGCUGA